UUGAACGAUCGAUGGCAAUUCUUUCACAAAGUUUAAUACAGUUGCGGUUAAUAUUAAUGAGAAACGUUUUCGUAAAUAUAAAGAAUUGCAACAAGAGAUCCAUCAUGACAACUCGUACGAAACUUGAAAAGGUUUUACAAAAUCUUGAAAAAAAUCCUUUUUAUGAUAAAUAUGCCAGUAAAAUAGCGAAACUUCAACAAACUAGCCCAGAGGAGUUUUUGGAUCGUGUCGAAAAUCAAGAGAAGAAAUUUCAAAAGAAGACAGCAAAACAGGAUGAAGAGCUGAAAUAUUUUGAUAGUCAAGCAAAACCACAGUUGGAUCAAGACAAGCAACCUCAACAAGCACAAUUAAACAGUAUAAUGAAAGUGGACAUGAUUCAGGAUAAAACAAAGGAUGAGAUUAUAAAUAUUUGGAAAGAUUAUCAUAAAGAUAAAGAUUAUAUAUGUGGAAUAUUAGCACCAGAACAAUUUGAUAGAAUGUUUGAACGUGGGAAACGUUAUCCAACAUUUUUGCUGCCAUUACCUAGAAAACAUGGAUAUGAGUUUAUUGUUAGUCAAUUCUAUGGGCUAGAAAUUCAUAUGACACCACUUUUGUGGUAUCAAGCGCAUAAAGAAAAUGCACCAGAAUGUUUAACUAUAACUCAUUAUACAGAAUUAAAGGAUGACAAAGGCAUUAUUCUUAUGCGUGGUGAAUUUGAUAAAAAAUGCAUUAAUGUACAAGAAGCACAGUGUUUAGUAAAUGAACUGCAAUUAUAUUAUUCUACAGAUAAUCCUAAGAGAUUGCAAUUGUUGGAAAACUUUUCUGACCAACCUGACAAAUUCAAACAUAUGGAUCUCAUAGCACAAUUAGAAACAAUACAAUUAGAAUUUGCAGUCCACCUAUCAAAACCUAGUCAUAUUCAGUCUUUAUGGACAUUUCCAGUUUUGAUGACAAGAACACAAACAUCAUGCCUUUAUGGUAAAAGAAACAAUUUUAGUGAUAAUGCAUUUCAAAACACGUACAUUACUACACCUAUAUUUUAUGUUAAUGCUGGACCACACAUUGGACAUGCUUAUACAGCAGCUUUGGCAGAUACUGUAGCUAGGUUUAAUUCUAUGCUGGGACAUUCUGUGUUUUUAUCUACUGGUACAGAUGAACAUGGUACAAAAGUUCAGAAAGCCGCAAAUGCCGCGGGUUUACCAGUUCCUGAAUAUUGCACUCUAGUUUCACAUCAAUUUCGAGAAAUGUGCAACACAUUUCAAGUUUCAUAUUCGAACUUUAUCAGAACAACCGAGGAACAACAUGAAAAAGCAGUUUGUCAUUUCUGGAACUGUUUAGAAGAAAGAGGGAUACAAAAGAGAAACUCUAUGACAGAAAGUAGUAAUGAAACGUUUGCAGAGUCGGGAGAUGUUUUAGACUGGACAGAAGAAGAUACUUACAAAUUUCGUCUUACUUCUUUUAAAGAUGAUUUGAAAUAUUGGUUUCAGCACGAAAAUGUAAUAUAUCCGGCAAUAUAUCGCAAUACAUUGAUCUCGUGGUUAGAUGAUCUGGAAGAUUUAAGUAUUUCUCGACCUGCCAAAAGAGUGCCUUGGGCAAUUCCUACUCCUUCUGAUGAAUCUCAUACAAUAUAUGUAUGGUUGGAUGCAUUGGUAAAUUAUUUAACUGCAGUGGGAUAUCCAGAUAAUUCGUUUAAAAAAUUUUGGCCACCAACUGCACAAGUGAUAGGAAAAGAUAUACUGAAAUUUCAUGGCAUAUAUUGGCCAGCAUUUUUAAUGGCUGUUGGUCUUGAACCACCGAAACAACUUUUGUGUCAUGGGCAUUGGACUAUUGAAGAUAGCAAAAUGUCAAAAUCUAAAGGAAACGUAAUUUCACCCUUUACAACUGCAAAAGACUUUACAGCAGAUGGUUUAAGGUACUUUCUUUUGCGAGAAGCAGUGCUGCAUGCAGAUGCAAAUUUCAGCACGCAAAAAGUUCAAAGAAUAUUAAAUGCUGAACUUGCCGAUACACUAGGAAAUUUAAUUAAUCGAUGUUUGGGUAAUACUAUUAAUCCAGGAGGGAUAAUAUAUAACGCGGCCGAAUAUAAAACCAUUUUAAGAUCCAAGAUAGCUCUAGAAAACAUGAAAGCUUUGGAAGAAUUGGGAGAAAAAGCUAAGAAACAUUACGAGGAAAAUCAUUUGCAUCAUGUAGUAGAUGCUGCGAUGAAUACAUUACGUAUUACUAAUCAAAUGUUUGAUCGUCAUCAACCAUGGCUUUUAAAAAAAUCUGAACAUUUCGACUCUGCAAAAGAACUAGAGUCUGUGAUAUCUUUAUGUUUCGAAAAUAUACGAGUGGCUGCUCUAGUAUUAUAUCCUAUUUUACCUAGAUUAAGUUCCGAUCUUCUUGAUUUUCUUCAAAUUCCACAAGUAAAUCGCACUUGGGAAGAUACAAAACCGCUUCAUGUAACGGGUACAUCGAUCGAAAGAACACCCAUCUUGUCAAAGAAGGUAUUUUUUAGAAAAAUAAAAAAUUAA